CGCCGCCUGGUCACACUGGCCAUUAUGCAUGCACUCAGGUGUUCAGCCGGCAAUGGAAUAGGAAAUGCCAUCGGAGGAGGGAUCCGCAGAACCCUUAGCUAUGUCCUGGGCAUCGAGACCUCCUGCGACGACACGGGCAUCGCCAUCGUGGACACCGCCGGCCGGGUGAGGUCGAAUGUGCUGGAGUCCCAGCAGGAGUUCCACACCCGAUACGGCGGCAUCAUUCCACCCAGGGCCCAGGAUCUGCAUCGUGCCCGCAUCGAGUCCGCCUACCAGCGCUGCCUGGCGGAGGCCCAACUGCAGCCGGAGCAGCUGACGGCCAUUGCGGUGACCACGCGACCCGGACUGCCCAUGAGCCUGCUGGUGGGGCUGCGCUUUGCCCGCCACCUGGCGCGUCGCCUGCAGAAGCCCCUGCUCCCCGUGCACCACAUGGAGGCGCACGCGUUGCAGGCCCGCAUGGAGCAGCCGGAGCACAUCCGCUUCCCGUUCCUCUGCCUGCUGGCCAGCGGCGGCCACUGCCAGCUGGCGGUGGUGCACGGCCCCGGUCGCCUGGCCCUGCUCGGCCAGACGCUGGACGACGCGCCCGGCGAGGCCUUCGACAAGAUCGGGCGACGCCUGCGUCUGCACAUCCUGCCCGAGUACCGCCUGUGGAACGGCGGGCGGGCCAUCGAGCACGCCGCCCAGCUGGCCAGCGAUCCGCUGGCCUAUGAGUUCCCGCUGCCGCUGGCCCAGCAGCGCAAUUGCCACUUCAGCUUUGCCGGCAUCAAGAACAACUCGUUUCGUGCCAUCCGGACGCGAGAGCGGACGGAACGAACACCGCCGGACGGAGUGAUCAGCAACUACGGUGACUUCUGUGCCGGCCUGCUGCGCGCCGUCAGCCGGCACCUGAUGCACCGCACCCAGCGGGCCAUCGAGUACUGCCUGCUGCCGCAGGUUGGGCUCCUUGGCGACGCCCCGCCCACGCUGGUCAUGUCCGGCGGGGUGGCCAACAACGACGCCAUCUUCGCCAACAUUGCACACCUGGCCGCCCAAUACGGAUGGCAGAGUUUCCGGCCAUCGAAACGCUACUGCUCCGACAACGGCGUCAUGAUCGCCUGGCACGGCGUGGAGCAGCUCUUGCGGGACGGGAAGGGCAGCCUGCGCUUCGACUACGACCACAUCGACGUCCAGGGCACGGCGGGCUUUGCCGAAUCCCACGAGGAGGCCGUGACCGCGGCGGCCCUCAAGUGCAAGUGGAUACAGCCACUGGGCUAAAACGUCCGCUUUUAUUUUCUUUUUUAAAUUUAUGAAAAAUUAAUUGUGCCUUGAUUGCACUUCCCGACAAGUUAGAGUAAGGUAUUUGUAAUAAAUGUAAAGUUGUUAUUAAAGGGAAACAAAAUCCUUUGAAUUAUAAGCUAUAAAAAAUAAUUUCUUAAUUUCAAAAUAAAAUAAUGGCUAUAUAUAGUCAAUUCAAAGUAA